ACCCCAAACCAAACGAACAAAAAAAAAUCCAAAAAAAACGAGUCUUUAAUCCUCGCCAUCGACCGCAAAGCCCCCCUCUGCCCCCUCCUUUUCCCCUCCCUCCCACACGCACCGCCGCGUCCGCCCCCUUCGCUGCCCCUGCCCGGUCGGUUCCGAUGGGGUACGUGCUGUCGGCGGUGGCGAGGGUGCUGGAGCAGCCCACGGCGUGGGGGGCGGCCCCGGAGAUGGCGCUCCUCGCGGGGCCGCUCUGGGCGGCGGUCCUCCUCGGCCUCCUGCUCGGCUGGGCCUGGCGCCCGCGCUGGGCAGCUGGCCUCGUCGCCGCCCCCGCCCCCGCCGCCGCUGCGCAGCCGCCCUUCGCCACGCUCGGUUUCUGGAAGGCCCAGCUCCCCGCCCGUCUCCGCGCCCCGCUCGGCUCCGCCGCCGCCGUGCGGCACGGGGAGGAGGAGGAGGAGGACGAGGUCUCCGUGCGAGGUGGCAGGUCGUCGGAGGCGGGGAGCGAGGAGCUGGCGGUGGGGAAGCGUGACCUGGCCAACCUCUGGAGGCUGGUGGAGGGCAGGGACGGCGGCCCGGCCUGGAUCAAGAUGAUGGACAGGUCGCUUCCCACCAUGACCUACCAGGCGUGGCGGAGGGACGCGCAGACCGGACCACCACAGUAUCAGAGUAGCAGCAUCUUUGAGGACGCCACUCCGGAGGAAGUGAGGGACUUCUUCGGGGACGACGAGUUCCGUGUGUCCAACAAGUGGGACGACAUGCUUGUUUACCAUAAGACGCUGGAGGAGUGCCAGACCACCGGGACGAUGAAAGUGCAUUGGGUCCGGAAGUUCCCCUUCUUCUGCAGUGACAGAGAGUACAUAAUUGCUCGCCGGAUAUGGAAACUGGGGGGCGCCUAUUAUUGUGUCACAAAGGGUAUACCAUGCUCGUCCAUUCCACGGCGCAACAAACCUCGAAGAGUUGAUCUGUAUUAUUCAAGCUGGUGCAUCCGUGCAGUGGAAUCCAGGAGAGGGAACGGAGGGUCGACAGCUUGUGAGGUGCUCUUGUUCCACCACGAGGACAUGGGCAUCCCGUACGAGAUCGCAAAGCUCGGUAUCCGGCAAGGGAUGUGGGGAUGCGUGAAGAGAAUCGAGCCUGGGCUCCGGGCCUAUCAGCAAGCCAGGGCUGCAGGGGAGCCGGUGUCACGGAGUGCCCUGAUGGCCCAGAUCAACACCAAAGUCGGCGACAGCUUUGUCCGGUCGCUGGAGUCCGACAGCGACGGGUCCGAAACCGUGGAAGCGGAAGAGAAGCCUGCGAGGAACCGUGUGGCGAGGUUCCUUGUGCUUGGAGGGGCAGUUGCUCUGGCCUGUACUCUUGACCAAGGGCUCCUGACGAAGGCUCUCAUCUUCGGCGUCGCGCGGAAAUUCGUCGGGCAGAGGAAGGCACUGUAGCAUCUCUGGCAUUUAUUUCUCAGCGUCGUCCGCUUGGCCCGUGGUCCGCACUAACCGGACCUGUCCUUUCACUGUCGUAGAGUGGAGGAUAGAGGUGGUUCAGUGUCUGCCUAAUUGGGGCAAAUGCCAUUGACCAUUGUGGCUGAAAGAGAACAGAGCUGAUGAAAAACAUUUUGGUGUACAGAUAUGCUGCCGGCUGUUGGAUAGCGAGGAAUGGGGAAUAGAGCAAACAAUGUACUUCUCGUUUGGAGAACGGAACUCCUACGAUAUAUAUAAAUGUGUUUCAUCUAAUCUUGUAUCUCAGACAAGAACAGAUCAGAUGACUGUGCAGAUGAGAACAAGCAUUUUUCUAUGUAGCUUACUGCGGCUACGGCUUCUACAA